AUGAAUGCUUGGAUCAACUGCAGCAACAUGAGCUCAGAGCGCGAAGACCUUGAAAAUAUGGGAUGUGAAGACAAAGACGAACACUUUGCAUUUGUUAAAGUUGGAGUUUUGGGGUCCAUCUUUGUGGCAGCCACAUGCGGAAAUGUAUUUCUGCUGCAUGUUCUUUGGAGGAAACGUAAACGAAAUUCAAGGACGCAGCUGUUUCUGCUCCACUUGUGCUUCGCGGACCUGGUGGUGGCUUUCUUUCAAGUCCUUCCGCAGCUCUCUAUAGAGAUAACGGACCGUUUUAAAGGCUCAGAUAUUGUUUGCAGGGCUGUGAAAUAUCUUCAGGUCGUCGGGAUGUUCGCUUCAUCAUACAUGAUCGUUGCUAUGACAAUCGACCGCUACAAUGCUGUGUGCAGACCCAUGGUUUCUUUUUUCAGAGGUUCCUUUCGCAGGUAUGUAGCGAUAGGAACAGCGUGGAUUAUAUCGUUCGCUUUCAGCACCCCGCAACUGUUCAUUUUUUCUCUGAAAGAAGUUGAGGAACACGUGUACGAUUGCUGGGCGACCUUCAUUGAGCCGUGGGGCAGCAAAGCAUAUAUAACUUGGAUUACUUUAUCCGUCUUUGUUUUUCCGGCUCUAAUUUUGCUCUUUUGUCAGAUUAAAAUUUGUUCAGGAAUUUAUUUUAAUAUGAAGAGAAAAGCAUUACAGUCAACUAACGAAGGACGGGCGUCAAUUAAGGGUAUAUCAAGUGCCAUGCUGAAGACUGUGAAAAUGACGUUUGUUAUUAUUAUUGUGUACACUAUAUGCUGGAGUCCCUUUUUCGUCGUCCAGCUGUGGUCUGUGUGGAGUCCCAGCACUGCGCCAAGUGAAGGUCCAGCGUUCGUUAUAAUCAUGCUGCUUGCCAGUCUUAACAGCUGUACCAACCCCUGGAUUUACCUAUACUACAGCUAG